AUGAUAGGAGAACGCUCGUAUCAGCCAGGAAGCCUUUGGUUCUAUGCACCGAAUAAGGGUGCGCCGAUAGCAUUUGCCAUCCUCUUCGCCCUGUCGGGUGUAUUCCACUUCUAUCAGACCUUCCGCUACAAGUCAUGGAAAGUGACUGGCUUGUUGCCAUGGUCGGCGCUUCUUUUUACGGCUGGAUUUGUCAUGCGCACCAUUGGUGCCUUCGGUCAAUGGCAUAACAUCGGUAUUUAUAUAGCGAGCAAUGUUCUCCUUCUGGUUGGACCUCCGGUCUACGAAACCUCGAAUUACCUUAUACUCGGUCGCAUGCUCUACUAUAUCCCAUAUCACUCACCCAUUCACCCUGGUCGUGUGUUUACCACAUUCAUUGCUUUAGCUGUGGUCAUCGAAGCUAUCACUGCCAAUGGAGCUGUUCGAGUCGCAAGUGCUGACUCCACAGUGAGUGAGCAAGACACUGGCAAAGCACUACUCAAGGCGGCGCUCAUCAUGCAGAUUGCCUUGAUGGUGGGCUUCGUGGCACUCGCUGGAAGAUUCCACUACAACUGCUCGAAGGGCAGUGUUUUGAAUAAAAAGAUUAAGCGCACUCUGAUUGUUCUCUAUGCCAGCUGCACUCUCAUCAUCAUUCGAACCAUUUACCGCACUGUCGAGUAUUUCACCGCCGCGAGCCUGAACACCUACACUGACAUUCAGCAGAUCAGUCCCGUUCUUAAGCAAGAAUGGUUCUUCUGGUUUUUCGAGGCGGUCUUCAUGUACAGCAACACCACCCUGCUCAAUGUGUGUCAUCCGAUGCAGGUACUUCCACGCUCAAACAAGGUAUAUUUGAGUGUGGAUGGCGUGACUGAAAUUGAGGGUCCAGGUUAUGAUGACCCCCGAUCCAAGUUGGUUACUAUAAUUGAUCCUUUUGAUAUUUACGGUUUGAUUACAAAGCACGGCAAGAAGGAGAAGUAUUGGGAGACCGUGACUACUCAGCAGAUCACGCUGUCUUCCGCGACAUUCGAAGGGUCAUGUUUCUGA